CGCCGCUCGCUCUUUCCAUUUCCCCCCCGGCUUUUCAUUUUCGCGGUGCAUUUCGUGUCCAUUUCCACAUUAUGGGGGGCGUCUGCGCUCGCUUCGCCGAGGACCACCGGCCGGGGCUCAACUUUGCUCUGCUGGUGGUCACCUACGCCGCUUACCUGCUCGUCGGCGCCGGCAUCUUCUCCUCCGUGGAGCUGCCCUACGAGGUCCGACUCCGCGAUCAGCUGGAGGCGAGUCGCCGUGACUUCCUGGCCAACAAUACGUGCGUGUCGGACGACAGCCUGCGCCAGCUCCUGGCGCACGCGCUGGAGGCCAACAACUACGGCGUGUCGGUGCUGGGCAAAAGUAGCCGCCGCAACUGGGACUUCAUAUCCUCGCUGUUCUUCACCAGCACGGUGCUGACCACCACGGGUUACGGCCAUACCGUUCCUCUGUCGGACGAAGGGAAGGCCUUCUGCAUCAUCUACUCGGUGGUGGGAAUCCCCCUUACCCUCUUCUUCCUCUCCGCCGUGGUGCAGAGGAUCAUGGUGGUGGUCACCCGCCGUCCCCUCGCCCACUUCCCGCGCCGCUGGGCCGUGUCCAAGGCCAAGUUCGCCGCCGCCCACGCGGUGGCCCUCAUCGUCGUGGUGACCCUCGUGGUCCUCAUCAUCCCGGCGUGUAUCUUCUUCACCGUGGAGCGGGACUGGAACUUUCUGGAGUCCCUCUACUUCUGCUUCAUCUCCUUGACCACCAUCGGGCUCGGAGAUUACGUCCCGGGAGAGACUCAGAGUACGGAGGACGACCCUCACCGGGACCUCUACAAGCUGGUCAUCACUUUGUACCUGCUCAUAGGUCUGGUGUGCAAUCUGGUGCUGAUGGAGACGUGCGUGGAGCUGCCACAGAUGAAGCGCCUGCGCCAGCGCUUUUACCGGGACGACCUGCGCGAGCUGGACUCCGAGACGGCCAACAUCAUCGAGCGGGAACACACCGCCGACGCGUCUGACCACGUCAUCCCGUCUGUUUCGGAGCACACCGACACCGUGCGGGACGGCGGCAGGCCGGCGGUGCCGUACAUGCUUGCGCCCAACCUCAACGGGAAGCUCAACUAGCACGACGGAAAAUGGUCACCUGCUGUGCAAUGGGCGGAGUUUACAUGUUCUUUGAGGGACCGGCUGAAAUGGACCUUUCUGUUGCUCGGAUUAAUGGCAAUGUGCUCUUUUGACGUGGAACUGGUGAGCGAGCGCAACACUUGACUUGAGCUAGCAAGCUAGGAAAUGCUUUUCACAAAUCUGAUAAGGUGUUGGAAAAGUACUGUGAUUUUUAUUUUUUUUUUCCCUUGUCAGAAUUUUCCCUCCUGAUAAGAGCUGGGGCGUGAAUGCCAAGGAAGGGCUGCUAAGUUUCCGCUUCCUGUCAAAAUGGGGGCUGGUAGAGCAAGUGCGCCAUGACACUACCUCGUAUUCCAAAACAGCGACCUGCACGUUGUAGCCUGACAUCACUUCAUUUACCAAGCAAAAUAUGACCAAGUGGUGCUCCAUCGACAGCACACCUCUGCCAAGAGGUUGCCAAGAUUAUGAAUGAGUUACUGAAAAGCAGGGCAAAAAAAG